CCACGAACCGCUGGCUGGUUGUGUUGUCCUCCCACGCCCACCAAACCACAGCACAAGACGCUGCUCUAAGACGAUGGCGAGCUGGUAUCACGGGGACCUGUCAAAGGGCGAUGCAGAUGCACUGCUCUCGGGCAAGCCAGAUGGUGCCUUUUUGGUCCGCGAGCGCACAGGCACGCAGGACUAUAUCUUGAGCGUGAACUUUCGCGGCAACCCUACACACCACUUGCUGCAGAAGCAGGACGGGUCCUUCUGUGCCAACCGCACAAGCUUCGGCAGCGCCCCAACCGUCUCAGAUCUGAUCAACAUCCUUCGCAAGCCCGCAGAGAAAUGGCCAAUCGUACUCAACCCGCCAGUGUCGCCACGAGCUCCAAUCACCGCCCCGCCGGACGUAGUUCCAAGGGCACAGCCUGCUCCUCCCCCUCCGUCACAAACACAACCACCACAAGCGGCGAACCCAAUUGAUGUUCCCGUUUUCGUCAUCACGCCAAAGAAGGAGGCAGAACGGGCUCUGACAUCGCAGGGCAUGCAGGAUGGAAACUUUCUUGUUCGUGCCCGGGCAAAGAAUGAUCUGUCCAGCUUCAUUCUCAGCGUGAUUUACAAAAACCAGCCAACCCACCACCUCAUGACUGUCAGUCCAGAAGGUGGUGUCAGCGUCAACAAGAAUUCGUGCGGAACAGCCAAAACGAUUUCUCAGGCGCUGACGUUUCUCCGCGCAUCCCGGCCCUGGUGGCCAGUGCCGCUCCAAGCAUUCAUCCAACCGCCGCGGGAUAAGCGACUGAAGGUUCAGGAUGAACAACCCGCAGCGGCUGAUGAUGAGCCCCUCCCUGUUCCACCCCCGCGAAGCGUCGAUGUGCCAACUCCGGCACCGGGUGCCCCCGUUGCAGAAGCAGCGGCGCCACCGCCCGUCCCUGAUCGCGCGAGCAAGCACAAGCCCAGGCUUCCCAUCCACACCAACAUGAACAAGUUCGACACCGAGGAGGUGUUGAUGGAAGAAUCGACAGAAGAUGGUGCUUACUUACUGCGCGAGCGUGGCGAAAACACGUAUGUGAUCACCGUGCGCUUCAAGGGCCGCCCAACCCACCACCUCGUCCACUGCCAGGACGGUGUGCUGACGCUCAACAAGCAGCGCAUUGACGGCACGUUUGUCGACAUCCACGACGUGGUGGCCCACUUGGGCGAGGCGCAUCCCUACUGGCCCGUGCCACUUCAAACACCCAUCUUCCCACAGGGAAUGCAAGCAUCCGAAGCACCCGCGGCGCCCGUCUCCACGCCCGCGGCACCAGUGCAACAACAGCAACAUCAACAGCAACAAUACGAGGAGCAGCAACAGCAAGAGCAGCAGCGCCAACAAGCCCAAGAGCUGCAGGCCGCAGAGGAGUUGCGUCAGCGCCAACUGCAAGAGCAGGAGGCAGCACGACAACAGCAGUUGCAGCAGCAAGAGCAACAACGACAGCAAGAACUGCAACAACAGCAAGAGCAGCAGAGGCAACAGGCUGAAGCUGAGCGGAAGCAACGAGAGAUGCAGCAACAGCAGCAGAAGCAAAAGGAAGAGGAGGAGCGGCAACGCCGUCAGCGCGAGGAAGGCGAAAGAAAGCGUUUGGAAAUGCAAAACCGCGUGCAGGUCGACACCAGCAAACGCAUUGUCCUCCCCGUCGUUCCACCAGAGGAGCUGAGACGACAGGAGGAGUCGCGCAAGAUGCGAUUUGCGAUGCUGAAGGUGAUCAAUCGUCGCCGUCUUCCCCGCGAUGCCCCGCUCGUCUCACGCAUGUUCGCAGAUGUGCUGCAAGGCAACAUGCCUCAGAGCACGCGAAGCGCCUGCAUUGCCAAUGCAAAAUCCAUCAUCGCAAAGUGGGACGCCGAAGCAUCAUCAGCGAGUGAACAACGCUACGACGAUGACCUUUCAACCUCACACGACGCGCAACGACGUGCUGCGCUCUGGCAUCGGCAGCGCCACCGCAACUGGCGCCCUGGGCACGACCCAGCCCGCGAGAAGCACUGCCUGCAACUGGCGAUGCGUUCACUGGUGUCCGCGCGGUCGCCGCUCGAUGCCGAUGGCCCCGAUGCGCUGGUGCACAUGGCGUGCUUUCAGCGCGUGGCGCAGCUGAGCAGCGAGCUGCUGACGCUGAUGGGCGAGCACGAGCGCGCAAAGGACCGCGACGCCGUCAUUCGCGAGCAGGAGGAGGCAAACCGGCAGAAGCUCGCAGAGAUGUUCAAACCCGUCAAGUUCUCCCGGCGACAACUCAGUGCUGGCAAGCUUGUGCCUCAGACGGAGAGCACAUCAACGCAGCCGCCCGAACGUCAAAUGGGCCGAACAGCGUCCACACAACAACAACAAUGGCGCCAACAGCAACAGCAACAGCAACCAACACCGGUACCGAAGCAGAAGGCGAGCGAACCCCCAUCACCACCACCAACUGCCGCUGCCGUCACGUCAACAGCGCAAGAGGACGAGCCCGUGCUCCCACUCUCCCAACGCCUGCGGAACCUGGAAGCUGUUGCCAACGUCAAGAUGACAGACACGGAGAGCCAGCAGCCGCCGCCGCUUGCCCGAUUUGGAAAAGCGGCAACGUCGUCGUCCAGCAUUGGAGCAAAGCAGCGGCAGUCCCCCUCAAGCGCUACAUCCAGCACGAACGCAUCGCCCACCAAGACGGGCGGCUUUUCCCUGUCAAAGACGACCACCUCUCCAACACAACAGCAGCAGCAACAACAGCAGAGGAGUGCUGUCUCUGCUGCGGGCGCCAAAUCGGCACACGCAAACGCGCAGCAGCAACAGCAGCAACAGCAACAGGCGAGCCAGGACCACCAGUCGCAGCAGUCGCAGCAGCAGCAGCAGCGCUUCAAGGCGCCAUCCUUUACCAAGACCAACGCAAAGCCAGAUCACCCCAUGAUCAAGCUAAUGCGACAGCAGCAGAAGACGUCCAAGUGAUGGGUGUCUUGGCGACCAACCUGCAGUCACAUGUUACAUCCACCUCCCUCUCACUCUGUUCAGAACCCCCCCCCCCGCCUACAAUGCUUCGUGUCACUUGUUCUUUUCAGCUUCUCUCCUAAUCUCUCUUUGUUGUGCUUGUCGGUGCUCAUGGCAUGUGCUUGCUUCUUGCCAUGUCCGUUUCUGCGCAGCAUUGUACAUGUGUGUACAUGUGUGUGACAUUUUGUUUCUGUUGGGGAUCAACAGCGUUAUGUUCACCGACCGUCUCUCAGCGUAACGCAACGACUGAGCAAUACAAUGCAGCCACCCGU